CUCUCUCUCUCUCUCUCUCUCUCUCUCUCAAUCAAUCGAGAAAGUACUCCCUCUGCUCCUCCUCCAUCCAUGGCUGACAAUCCCAAUCCAGACGACGACGAUGUCUCGUAUUACCAGAAAACGGUGGUCCUGAGAGACUGGUGGCUGAUCAAAUGUCCAAUUGAAUUCGAAGGCAAACGAUUUGGCGUUGCUGGUACCCAGAUUGCUGAGACAGGAGCUGUGAGGGUGUUUACAUCAUCCCCAAUCGUCAAAGCCUUUGAUGUUUUCACACUCGAAGCUUCCGAUGGAGUCUGCAUCGUCCUACGUGGCUUUCUCAACAAACAACGCCUUGUUCUAUCUGGAUUCCUCCCUCAGAUUUGCAGUGAGUUCAUCUUGGGGUUUCCUCCUUAUUGGGAAUCAAAAUGUAACCUUUCCUUCGUAGGACUGCCUUCUGGAUCUGCUUCUAUCAAUAAAGCUUCUGGUGCCAUUUUAUCACCUUGUAACAACGACAAGAAACGGAAUCUAGAGGAUAGUCCAGCUCGGAGAAGAGUAGUUAAAACCACUGUCACCGCUAAGAAGAAGAAGAAGAAGAACACAGUGGAGAUUAGUGAUAAACCUUCAAGGAAAAAGUCUAUUCGUCUGCAGUCCAAAUCUGUUGAGUUGAUGAGUAAAUUCCAGAAUACUACUAAUGAUGAUGUUAGUGAAGGUUUGGACAAGAGGGCUAAGAGCAGUGAUGAUGUAGAGAAAACAGAUGAAUGUGAGGUUAUCAAUAACCAAGUUGAUGGCAAUGCUGUAGAGCAUGUGAAUCAUCAGUCUGGGACCAAAGUCAAAAGGAAACUUGAUGUUAGCCAAGUCCAGAAGAAUCCUACUACUAAUGAUGGCGUCGAAAGAGAUGAAUCUAUGGUUAAUGAAGAGAUAUCACCUUCACCAGUGGAUGGAUGUGGUACUAAUAGCAAAAAGAUAACGAGUAAGAAUGCUACACUGACUUCAGAAGAGCGAAAUGGUAAGCUCAAGGUAACUAAAACAUCUCUGAAGAAUGGAAAGAAAAGUGAGAAGAUCCUUGAAGGUGAUUUGGAUGAUGUAGUAGUAGAGCCUAUGAUGACUACUCAUUCAAGGCCCUCCAAGGUUAUACACAACUUAUCAGUUGGGAAAACUAUCAGGAAGAUCGACUUUGAUGCGGAGGUAACACCAGAGAAAGAUGCGACGAAACAGAAGACCAAUUCAAUGUCUGCUGAUUCAUUAGGACAGAAACGGUCAAGAUCAGGAAGGGUGCUAGUGUCACCACUAGAGUACUGGCGCAACCAACUUCCUGUUUAUGAUAAGGAUCGGAAUCUUAUCCAAGUAAACGAAGGUCAUCAGACUAACUCCACUUCAUCUAAAGGGAAAGGAUCCGUUUCUCGAAAGCCAAGAAGAUGAAUAAUCAAGUAAACAGCUUUCAACUACUUUGAGACCUUAGAGUUCUUAAUGGGCCUAUUGGAAUCGUGGAAAUCAAUUGCCUCAAUUAUGGGCCGCUUGUCAUCCUUCUUUGGGUUCGCUCAUUUUAAAGGAAUAGCAAAAAAAAAAACCAUUUCAUAUUCCAACUUCUCUUAUUACUC